AUGGCUGCCGCUAUUAAAACACAAAAGUACAACUUUGAGAAGAUAUGCCGCGCUUGCUUGCAGAUAAAGAAAGAUAUGAGACCAUUGUUCGAGCAGCUCACGGCUACCAUGUUGAUGGGCAUAUCAAAAGUGCAGGUGUCGGUGGGGGACGGUCUUCCGUCCCAGCUGUGUCUACAAUGCGUGCAUCAGAUAUCAAGGUGUCACGCCUUCAAGGAUCUGGUGGAGAGGAACGACGUGCUGCUCCGGGAACAGGCGAAAGCUAUGGCUGAAGAGACGCUCAAGAAGGACGAGGUGCUCGCAGACACGAGCCAGUACAUCCAGUUCAUAGAAGUUCCGAGUCUGAACAACACCGCUAGUCAACUGUUGGACAGCUUCUUCCCUGAAACGUCCAACGACACCAACGUGACGCAGGAGAUCUUGAAUAAGGACGACUUCGAUGUUGAUAAGCUAGAACCUUCUACAGCCGUGGCCAAGACGGAUGAGGCUUUGAAUUCAGACGAAGAAAACUACCUCCAGAUGGUGGUCUUCCAAGCUACUUCAUCAGUGGCUCCGUUCAGACACGUGUGUAACCUGUGCCAGAAGGAGUUCAAAUACGCCAAGUGGCUCAAGAUGCACAUGCUGUCUCACUCUAACUGGAUCAAAGCUAACUGCAAGAAGCCGCCCAUGUGUCACAUAUGUGAGAGGACGUUUAAGGGUCCAGGGAUGUUGAAAAUGCACAUGAGGACCCACGAGCAGCGACCUCCAAAACAGCCGACGUGUUCCGUAUGUCAGAGGACCUUCCCCACAAAGACCUUACUGUAUAGACACAGGCAAACACACUUCGAACAGAAAACACAUCAAUGUACGGUGUGCGAGAAACGAUUCUUCAGUGGGUAUGCACUGAGAUCGCAUAUGGCUCGACAUAGAGGCGAACGACCGUAUAUAUGCUCUAUAUGCCUCAAGAGUUUCUACAAUCCAACCGAUUUGAAGGUAAGAUAUGAUAUGUGA